UAAAAAAGCGGUAAGAAAUUAACGGUCUUCAACUGUCGCUCAAUUCCGAUAGCUUUAUCUUUCUGCUUGAUUAGAAAUACCAAAAUUCAGUUCCCCACACAAUCAAACAUUGGAGGUGGAUAGAGUGAAAAUGCGAAGCUUGAUGAUCCCAUCUCAGAGGGUUUUGUGGUUAAGAUCAACUUCAGUUACAAAUUCAGCGGCUAAUUCGUUGUCGUCUUCUCUGUUUCCGAGGGUUAAUGGGGCGGCUUUCUUCAGUUCCAAGAUCACUUAUUUCGAUCGGAAUUCCUCUUCAUCCAGGAUUUCAGUGAAGAAAUUGACAGACAGCAUUGAUGCCCAGGUGUCGCACAGAAGAGUUGAGAACGAAAAAGAUGAUGAGUGCAGAAUGAUCAGAAGCGGCAAUGAUGUGAAGUUGAAAAUUUUGCUCGAAGAUUUCAGUGACUCAGUGAAAUCACAUUGGCCUAUUUCUUAUGAACAUAAAAACUCAAUGCUCUCAUUCCUUCAGGGCAUGAAUAUGCUUUCUCUCAAUUACUUGAAAUUUAUGAUGCUAUGCGGAUUCUUUGCCCUUCAAGGUGCUCCACAGGCCACUGCUGGCACAGAUAUUGCAAGUCUGCAAUCAAGCUCAUUUCUCGGUGACCCUGGUGAUAUUAGCACAGGUUUUGCUUCAGCAUUCUUGCUGAUAUUUUUCUCUGAACUUGGAGACAAAACCUUCUUCAUUGCAGCUCUUCUAGCUGCUAGAAACUCUGCUGCUGUCGUUUUUCUUGGGACUUUUGGUGCACUUGGGGCAAUGACUAUCAUUUCUGUUGUUAUUGGGCGAACUUUCCAUUAUGUUGACGAUAUCCUCCCAUUCAGUUUCGGCGGAGCUGAUUUGCCAAUUGAUGAUAUUGCUGCAGCUUUUCUUCUGGUAAUCAUUACUAUUUGUACAUCGAUUGAAAUUGAAAAUGCACUCUUCUUCGUGGACUUUUAGAAUAUUCCUUUGAUGGAAUCAGGACCAGUUGUCUUGUAUUACUUAUUGAUUGCAGAUAUAUUUUGGAGUUUCAACAUUGCUUGAUGCAUCCUCGGACGAUGGUGGUAAAGCUGAUGAAGAACAAAAGGAGGUAAAUAGUUCUGUAAUAAAACAACAACAUGAAUGUGGUUUAACUCAAUUUAAAUGAAAUUGUUCAUAAGCUUCGAACACUUAAUGCAAGAUAUCAAUUUACGGCCAGGGAGGCUGGUGUACAGAAUAUUUUGUGGCUGCUAUUACGCGUUUAGUAACCAUGUAUAAUUAUAGGAAGCUGACUUAUGCUGAUACUCUGAUACUAGAAAUGUUCAUUGCCAGCUUCCAAGAUAUCACUAUCUGAAUUCUGAUAUCUCUCUAAGGAUAAUGAGUCAGGUUGAUGUGAAAUUUGAUAAUUACAUUUGCUCAGUGGUCAAAUUUCCUUGUUAACUUUGGUACAAUUCAACUUUACAUGUCAUACGUGGCAACUGAUACCUGAUAAGAAAAAAUUAAGAGACUGAUAACGACAUUUUAAUGACAUGCGUUAAGAAAUAUAGUGCCAGUAUCAAUUUGAUGGAACCAGUAUUGUAUCUACUACACCACAUGCCAACAAGCUAACGCCUACUGUGUAUCAUUUAUUCAAAUGAUGAACUGCUCCUUCCUCUUGCAUGAAACUGACCUUUAAUUUGCACUUUAUAUUACACAUCAAUAAUCUUAGAAUAAAUAAACAAAAUUUGACUAGAGUGAGAUCUUGUUUCCUUCAUUUGCUAAGAAAUUCACAGAAACUUUUCGGUUUCAGUCCUGGUGAGUGAUUUCUGCGAGAUGAAAAUCGCAGUUAGAUUGCAUUGUUUAUGGUGUUAAAUUAAGCACAAACUUGUUAGCCUAACGUCGUUCAUUGUUUAACGAACAGGCAGAGCUAGCAGUUUCAGAAUUUUCAGGGAAUGGUGCUGGGAUUUUGUCUGCUGCUAGCACAAUUAUCAGCACAUUCGCUUUAGUUUUUCUCGCUGAAUGGGGUGAUAAAUCAUUUUUCUCCACAAUUGGUAAGGAAAAAAGAUAUGCAUGAGAAAGUCUUAUUGGACGCCAAGCAUCUCAAGAUCUGUAGUUUUUGACAAAGCAAGACUAGGAAAUAGUUGCAUUGAAAGAGACAACUUCACUACUUGUUUGUGGUCCCGAAUGAGACAUUUUAGUGAGAAAUUAUUUAAGGGAAGACUUCAAGAUCCUGAGCCCUUGAUGCUUAAGUCAAAAAAGUAAAAUCUAAUUUAGAAUCUAAACUCACAUGAUCUUUCUGAAAGAUGAGACAACUGCAGUUUUGUUUACUUCUUAAUACUGCUGUGUGUACGCCCAAAUCAGCCAAUUAGCCUAAAUGUCAAUUUAGAGAGACUCUAGUGCAUUUUGUGUGCUUGCCAAUAUUGUCCUUUUGGCUAGUCAUUGUUUCCAUGAUUAAAUUGUCUCAUAAAGUACUCCAUAUAUCCUUUCAGCACUUGCAGCAGCCUCUUCGCCUCUUGGAGUUGUUGGAGGGGCACUAGCUGGUCAUGGAGUGGCAACAUUGGUAAUUCAGAUCUUUCAACCUUUAACUUUGCUCAAUUCAAAUAAACAACAAAAAGCAUCCAAAAACUUCAUUCUACCGAACCAAAUCACAAAUUUCAUUCAAUUUCGUGGUCAAUGUUACAUUGACGUAAACUCAAAUUGAGAGAACUAUUGAUAGAGUAAUAAGGAAAGGAAUUUUGUAUGGCUUUUGAAUCCUUCUUCAACUGUAGACGGGGUAACUUCAUUUACACUGAUUAAUAAGAUGCAUCUUUGGACAUCUAUGCUUAGAUUUGAGACUUUUCGAGUAAUUUUGUGCAACAAACUUAUGGAACAUGAACUGCUGACUUAAAAUGCAGCUGGCCGUCCUGGGAGGCUCUUUGCUGGGAAAUUUUCUGUCGGAGAAGGUAAAGCAAACAAUUCAUCAAGUACUCUUUUUAGUAUUGAGCAAAAACAUGGUUUACAUGUGUUUCAAAUUAACCGGAAAAUGAUCGAUGAACGCCCGACGAUAAGGAAUCGCAUGAUCUGAAAUAUGGUAUGGUGUGCAGGCUGUAGCUUAUAUUGGUGGCACUCUCUUCCUGGUCUUUGCAGCGGUAACAUUGAUUGAGAUAGUAAAUUAGAAGAUCAAAAUUAGGAACAACCACAUUCUGUAUUUGGAUAUGUAGAUCUAACUAUAAUGCACUUUUAUCCAUUUCCUUCCAAAUCCUGCUAAGAGUAUUACAUUCGAUUACAGAAGAAAUUGUGCAUCACCUUAAAUGGGGAAGGGCCCCCUUUCAAGGCCUCUUAAGGCAAAACUUGAAGGACACGAUGAUAAAGGCG